AUCUUUGUCUUGGUUUUCUUUUAAUUUCUGUAAAAGAUUAAUUAAUAACUAGGGGGGAGGAAAGAAAUGACCAACCCACUGAGGGGAGAAGUUAUCAGAUUGUACAAGAAUCUUCUCUAUCUUGGAAGAGAUUACCCAAAAGGCACUGUAUACUUCAGGGAGCGCUUAAAAACAGCUUUUAUGAAGAACAGAGAUGUCACCGACCCUGAGAAGAUCCGAAAGCUUGUUGAUCGAGGGGAGUUUGUAAUUAAGGAACUCGAGGCCCUGUAUUUCCUUAGGAAAUACAGAGCGAUGAAGAAACGAUAUUAUGACCCCGAACACUAAUGCCUCUGCUUCUCAUACAAAGAAUGGGACAAAAACACAAACUCUCAUUAAUAAACUUUAUUUAGACAUCAGUAGCAUUUGAAGAUCAAAAGGCUGUUGGCGUAAAGGAUGGUGUUUAUCUCAUAAAAAAAUCUACUACUUAUAAUAGAUACAAUCCUUGGUAAAACAAGGGUCACAACAUACAAAUUAUCCAUAUAAUUUGUUUAGGGUGGCAUCAUUUAUGUACAUUGCAUGUCAUUGUAAAAUUGUCAUUCUACCCAAGUGAAAACUACCAUUUCUUGUAAAUAACUGCCCUAUAUUUAUGAUGGUGGAACACAGCAAUUACAGAAAUGUGUUUUUAAGAAGAUAGCUUUCCUGGUUUCAUGUGUAUUUUAAGGUACUCUAUCA